AAGAGUCGCUACUUACCACAGACUGCGAAGCAUACAAUGACAGAGUCCGUCCGAUAGAGCAACAUGCGAUAUACUGGAUAUUUUUUAAUGAUUUUAUUCUCCUCGUGGGGAAUCCUCGCGGGCAGUGUAAAGACUCUACCUCAUGUGAUGAAGUACCAAACAGUGAUACCUCAGAAGCUGAAGGAUUCAUCUCUCACGAAUGAUGCAGCCACAAAUCAGACAUACCCUGAUGUACUCCAGUACUCUUUGACGAUUGCAGGGCAAAACUACACUCUGCACCUGGAAAGAAAUAAAGAUCUUAUCGGGAAAAACUUUUCUGUGACACACUAUUCUGAUCAGGGCACCCAAAUUACAACUACUCCAGAUCUUGGGGUUCACUGCUACUACCAUGGACACAUUGUGGGAGUGGAGGACUCAUCUGCCAGCGUGGGACUGUGCUCUGGAAUAAAGGGGUUUGUGCUUCUCCAGGGCCAGAUCUACCUUAUUGAACCUCUGGCCGGUGCCGAUGGGGGAGCGCAGGAUGACAGACAGAGCUCGGAAGCUCACAGUGAGGAGGGUCUUCAUGCUGUUUACAACUACAAACACCUGAGGAGGAAGAGGAGCUCCUGUUCCCAUGGAAACACAACCACUUUCUAUGAUCAUGGUGCUCGUCCGUCUGGACUGUUCCAGCUCAGCAGUCUGAAAAGCAGAGCCCAGACCAAAGACCGUUCAGUAAAACACAGGACAGUGGAGCUGGUUCUGGUGGUCGACCACUCUGAGUACAAGAAGUUUGAUGGCAAGAAGACAAUAGAGACCAGACUGCUUGAAAUAGCAAAUCAUGUGGACAAGCUGUAUCGCCCCCUGGGUGUUCGUGUGAUGCUGGUCGCUCUGGAUAUCUGGUCAUACAGAGACCAGAUAGAGGUCAGCACAAACCCUGAGCUCACCCUCAGUCGUUUCCUCACGUGGCGGCAGCGGAGCCUGCUGCUGAGGACCAAACACGACAAUGCACAGUUCAUCACAGGUGUUGAUUUUGAUGGCUCCACUGUCGGCUUAGCAAACACCAAUGCAAUGUGCACCUCUAACUCUGGAGCUGUCAAUGAGGACCAUAACACUAACCCAAUAGGAGUGGCGUCUACUAUUGCGCAUGAGAUGGGUCACAACCUGGGCUUGUCCCAUGAUACCGAAAACUGUGUCUGUGGCUCCUCAAUAUCGAAAAAAGGCUGCAUCAUGGCUGAGAGUGUUGGCUUUGUGUAUCCGCAGCAGUUCAGCAGCUGCAGUCAGCAGCAGCUCAAAAGGUUCUUGGAGGAAGUGAACCCUACCUGUCUGCUGGAUACUCCCUCCACUGAUCGCAUCUAUGGAGGGCCGGUGUGUGGAAACGCCUUCCUGGAGCCCGGAGAGGAGUGUGACUGUGGCUCUGUAGAGGAAUGCAAGAAUCCCUGCUGCAAUGCCACAACCUGCAAGCUCAACACAGGAGCCCAGUGUGCAGAGGGAGAGUGCUGCCACAACUGCCAACUGAAACCGACAAGCAGUGUCUGUCGAUCAAGGUCAGGAGAUUGUGACCUGGCAGAGUACUGCACUGGCUUCUCUGCCUCCUGUCCAACUGAUGCGUACACCCAAAAUGGCCUGCCCUGCAACCGAGGAAAAGGAUACUGCUACAAUGGACAGUGCCCUUCACGGCAGGAACACUGCAAGAGACUCUGGGGACCAGAUGCUGAAGUAGCUGCAGAUGCUUGUUUUUACACGCAUGGAAACUGCAGAAAAACACAGUCGAGCCAGAGAUGUUCGAGCAGAGAACAAUCCUGUGGGACACUUUUCUGCUUCGGAGGCUGGGAGUUUCCAGUGACAUCCAGGAAAUCCUUUUACAGAGUAGGAAAGGGAGAGAUAUGCAAUGAAGCAACUAUGAACCCUGAAGAUAACUACCCUGCAGAUAUGGGCAUGGUACCUACUGGCACCAAGUGUGGCCACAACAUGGUAUGCUACAAUCAACGGUGUCAAGACAUCAAAAACAUAAAAGUGUACGGAACAGAUGACUGCUCUGCCAAAUGCAACAACCACGGGGUUUGUAACCACGAGAGUAAGUGUCACUGCGACCCUGGCUGGGCCACCCCUUUCUGCGAUGUGCAGCAAUCAGAGCUGCCUGGAGAGGCAAGUGUGGUGUUUAUUGUGUCACUGGCGGCUGGCUUUCUUCUGCUGUUGGCCCUGAUUAUUGGGACUUUGAUGUGCUGCAUCAGAAAAAGGCAACCUGUAAAAAGAUGCUUCCAGUCUACCUCAGGACAAUCCAACCCAUUGUUUCGGUCAAGCAGUACUCGAGGCAGCCCUCAUCUUGGGACCACACUCAUCAGCCAGCCUACAUUUGUGGAGUCUUCGGCCACUCAAGCCUGUAAACCUCUGUUCUCUGCUACUGCCAGACCACAUACUGGAGCACCGAAGCCCAGCAGAGCAGCUCCAGAGCCACCAAAGAAAGUGCCAGCUGUACCUCAGCCAUCAAAGAGUCAACAGGUUGUAAGGUCAUUCAUGCAGCCACCAAAUGUUUCAAGCAAACCAAUCUAUACUGAGGCUAAGCCACUACCCCCAUCCAGACCUCUGCCACCACUUGCAACAAAAUCGAUCAUGAAGCCAAAGCCUCCGAUGCCUCCAGUGAAGCCGAAGCCCUCUGCAGUCCCAUCUCCACUGCCACACACUCAGCUGCUUGCAGGGAGAGCGGCCCUAAAGCCCCCCAGCAGGCCCAGAUGACAGGGGGAAUAAUUCAGCAUGGUGUAAACACUGAGAUCCUCCGACAGAGGACAAUGUUUUUGUCCCACCUAGUAGAACCUUGAAGAUCCUCUCUGGAGACGCUCGUCUGUUUUAAAGCGGAAACAAGAUCCACUGAAGGAUCAGCAACGUGACGUGACAGAGCUCUUCUGUCAUUUAUGGUCUCCCUGAGGAUUACCGCCGUCUGUGUCUUGCUUAUUUGGCCUUCAGUAUGUUGAUGGAAACCUGAAGCCAUUAUUGAUAAACUCAACUUCUGUGCUUUAUAAAUAACAAAUGGCUAUGCUGCCAUGAUGAUUUUAAAUUUUUUUAAGGGAAAUGUCACUCUGCCUUGAUCCUGGGAUAUGUGAACACUUUAUGAGGCAAUUGUUUUAAUUUAAUUGAACUAUUUUACUUUUACUUGUCCCUCACAUUGUUUUGGUACUGACUUUCUAAGAAAUAAUAUUAAGGGAUUAUUAAAAUGUGGCACCAACAUUGGCACUUUACAGUUUUUUGGAUUAAGGACGUACCACAAAGGUUAUGACUUUUUCUUGGACUUUUUUUUUUUUUUGUACUAACCAACUUAUGCUUGACUUUGUGGGACUGAGUUAUUACAUGCAGCUGUUUUGUCUUUUGUGUUAGCUUGAUACAUUUUGAUUGUAAUUCUUCAAGGGAUUUUAUAUUGCAUAUUCUAUGCAGCAGACAUGAUCACACUCAUGAUACUCACUCAUAAUGCCAAUGCCUUUCCAUACAUUGAGAGUUCUGCCUUGAUUUUUUCCUGCAAACUUUGAACUGAAAAUUUAUUUGAAUGUUCCUAUUUAUUGAGAGAUAUCUUUUUUGUCUGUAAAAUGGAGCUGAGAAUAAAAGUGAAUCACCACA